AUGGCUGGGCUGCAAGUUGCGAAGAGGGACCUCCGCCGGAGGAUGCGGGAUGUUCUCCAACAGCUCCCCGCGGACUCCAUCGCCAAUCAAUCCAGAACCGCAACAAACAGUUUCUUGUCUCUCCAGCAAUAUCGGGAUGCGAAAAGGAUCGGUGUCUACCUGUCCAUGCCGGCUGGCGAACUCUCUACGACGGAUAUAGUGCACGACGCUUUGGCCAACGGAAAGGAAGUCUUUGUGCCUUAUAUCCACAGUCUUGAGUUAUCUUCGCAGUCGAAGACUUCGGUCAUGGACAUGAUGCUUCUGGAGUCGACGGAAGAGUUUAGGUCGCUUGAGCCUGACAAAUGGGGGAUCCCAUCGCUUUCGCAAGCCAGUGUGCUGAACAAGAGGAACUGCUAUGGAGGGAAAGGAGUGUCACCUCAGCCGGAAGACGCUACGCAAGGACCGUACGGACUGGAUUUGAUUGUCAUGCCGGGAAUGGCGUUCGAUCACGGAUUUAGAAGAUUAGGCCAUGGUAAAGGGUAUUAUGAUCAUUUCCUGACAAGGUACUCCAAAGGUUCCGAGAGCACAGCAACGGCACCAAAGCUGCCCUUACUUGUCGCGCUGUCUCUCAAAGAGCAAAUGCUUGCUCCGACCGAGGAGAUCCCUGUCACGGAUCUUGACUGGCCAGUAGACAUCCUCAUGGUCGGUGAUGGCCGGUGCCUCGUGCGCUAAAACUGAUCGGA